CGCGAGUGACCUUAUACGAGUGUCAGCCCAUAUUCUGUCGUCUUGAAAUCGACCAUGGCUCCUCGAGCGAGCUCUCCGGCUCUGUCGGAGAACGAAUUCGACAUAUCGAACGCUCUUUUUGGCUGCGAUGAUGUCCUGGGGAAGGAGAACGGGCUUGAAAUCGAUAUUGGGAUUAAUUUGAGCCCUGGAGAAGAAGGCGGCUCAGACGAUGAGGCUUUUAUUGCCGCUCACCAAGCAGCUUCAAACCGCAAAGCUUCCAAUUUAAAGGGCAAGACGGUCAAGAAAGGCGGAGGAUUCCAAGCAAUGGGGUUGAACACCGCACUCCUCAAAUCCAUCACAAGAAAGGGCUUCUCAAUACCCACCCCUAUUCAGCGCAAAGCAAUCCCGCUCGUUCUCGAUGGUCAAGAUGUUGUGGGCAUGGCUAGAACUGGUUCUGGAAAGACGGCGGCUUUCGUGAUCCCAAUGAUCGAAAAACUGAAAGCGCAUAGUGCUAAAGUUGGAGCUCGUGGAAUCGUUCUUUCCCCUUCACGGGAACUUGCACUCCAGACUUUGAAGGUCGUGAAGGAGCUAGGAAGGGGAGCUGAUCUAAGAACGAUACUCCUAGUUGGAGGAGACAGCUUAGAAGACCAGUUCAGCUCAAUGACGACAAACCCCGACAUCAUCAUUGCAACGCCAGGACGAUUCCUCCAUCUCAAAGUUGAGAUGGGCUUAGAUCUGAGUUCUGUGCGGUACAUUGUAUUUGACGAGGCCGACCGUCUAUUCGAGAUGGGCUUUGCAGCGCAACUAUCUGAGAUCCUCCACGCCUUGCCUACCACUAGGCAAACCCUUUUGUUCUCCGCAACCCUUCCUAAAUCUCUUGUUGAGUUCGCAAGAGCAGGUCUUCAAGAACCGAAGCUGAUUCGGCUGGACGCGGAGUCUAAGAUCUCUCCCGACUUGGAGAACGCUUUCUUCACUGUCAAGAGUGCGGAUCGUGAUGGUGCCUUGCUACAUAUCCUAGAAAAAGUCAUUAAGAUGCCGGUGGGAGAGACAGAAGUGUCGCAAACUGUGAAGGAAAGAGGGCAGAAACGCGACAACAUCAAGAAACGGAAAAGAGCACCUGAAGAAUCAAGAACAGUUGAUUCUCCGACUGCCCAUUCGACGGUCAUAUUCGCUGCAACGAAGCAUCGUGUAGAGUACCUCUCGAGCCUUCUACGAGUUGCGGGUUACUCUGUAUCCUAUGUGUACGGAAAUCUGGAUCAAACGGCCCGAAAACUGCAAGUCCAGGACUUUAGAGCUGGAAUAACUAACAUUCUGGUCGUCACUGAUGUUGCAGCUAGAGGUAUCGAUCUCCCAGCGCUAGCUAAUGUGAUAAACUACGAUUUCCCAUCGCAGCCCAAGAUCUUCGUGCAUCGAGUGGGACGGACCGCCCGAGCGGGGCGCAAGGGUUGGAGCUACAGUCUCAUCCGGCAUUCCGACGUCGCCUAUUUGAUAGACUUACAGCUUUUUCUCAGCAAAAAACUUGUCUUUAACAGAGGAUCAGUCGAGACCCCAAAUUUUGUCCAGGAUAUCGUUGUUGGGAGCCUGGUACAAGAUCAGCUGGAACCUGCAGCGGAGUUGGUCACAAAGUUGGUGGGUGAGGACCCAGACCUCGCUACUCUUCAAGAUGUGGCAGCUAAAGGCGAGAGCCAAUACAUGAGGACACGAAAUUCCGCCUCCAGUGAGUCGGUCAAGCGGGCUAAACAGUUACUAGCCUCUCGGAGUCUUUCGGCCACGCACUUGCUCUUCAACGAUGACAAACAUGACACUUCAUUGGAGAGAGAAAAAAUGUUGGCAAAAGUCAGCUCAUUCAGGCCCGCUGAAACAGUGUUUGAGAUUGGCAAGCGUAGUAGCGGCGGUGAAGCAGCCGAAAUCAUGCGCAAGAGACGACAGCAAAUCGAUAACAAGAGACACAAGCAGGCAAAGGAGUCCCCACCAGACUACCCCACCCCGGAUCAGCCGAUCAUACUGCCUGACACCACGGAAGAUGUUGAUAUUGAUACACCGGAUAACGCACGGGAAAUUGCAGAUUCGGAGUCCGCAUCUGAUUCUGAUGAGCUAGAAGUUUCCUUUUCUCAGCCAACAUCGCGUGCGUCAGCGUUAGGCGAUUGGGAGAACUCCGAAUACUUCAUGUCCUAUACCCCGAAGGGCGCGAAUCAGGCAGAGGACCGCGCGUAUGGCGUACAUUCUGGUUCAUACAAUACUGCACGCCAAAAUUCAAACUUUGUGGAAGCUGCAAGAGGUGCGCAGAUGGAUCUUACAAACGACGAGAUUCGCGGGUUUGCAGAGCCUAGCAAAGCUCGAGGGAUGCGCUGGGACAAGAAAAGCAAAAAGUAUGUGGCAAGAGUAAACGACGAGGAUGGGUCCAAAGGCGUGAAAAUGGUACGAGGAGAGAGUGGACUGAAAAUUGCCGCAAGUUUCCGUAGCGGGCGAUUCGAUGAAUGGCGGAAGUCAAACAAAAUUGAUCGCCUACCGCGCACUGGUGAGAUGGAGGCAGUGGGUAAGCCUGUGCCUCGCAAUGGAGGCCGUUCCUUCAAGCACAGAGCAGAGAAGGCACCCAAGGAGGCAGAUCGAUAUCGCGAUGACUAUCACGUGCAGAAAAAGAGAGUUGAGGAGGCCAAGCAGAAUCGAAUCGGCAAAUUCAAAGACGGCGGCGCUAAGAACGAGUUGAAGGGUAUUGAUGAUGUCCGGAAGCAACGAAAGCUCCAGGAGAGGCGGCGUGACAAGAACGCCAGGCCGUCCAAAAAGAGAAAACUGUAG